AUGAUUCUAGGUGGGUCACCUUACCCUGUCGUUCCUUUAGAAAACCAGUUUGACCUUUUAAAAUCUGGAUACCGAAUGGAAAAGUCACUCAGCUGUCCACGCAGAGAGCACGUAAGUAACCGAACUGGUUUCGUUAUCAUUUCCCAAAUCAGUGAACCAGAAAUGGUUUCAUUGGUACGUUUUUGUGUCGAAGAGCUUGGUAUUUUGUUUUGAAAAAGCUUACUUUAAACCCCACAAUGACAUUUUAAACGCCCUGUUUCUCAAUAACCAACCACGUUUCGGUAUGUGCCGUUCCCAAAAUGUGCGCCUAACAACUCUGUUUCUAAACAAGCUCAUCCCCACACUCAGUCUAUAAAAUACAAAGGAUGUAAGGAGCGGGCUCUCGUCUCAGCUCCACCUCCUCGCAAUCGGUUUUUACACUUACUUCCAAAAUAAUAUAACAUCAAGUACGAUAAAACGAAAACAGAGGGCUGCGAAUACAGCAAGGGAAAAAAGCAUUCCUAAAAGGUAAUCGAAGAACCGAUAGUCGUUUUGAACCCGUUUUAGCCGACAGCGAUUUCCAGAAGUCAUGGAAAACAUAUUUUGUGUUUUCGUGUGAUCUUUUUCGCUUAGUCAUCAGAUUAUGUUGAAAUGUUGGCGUGAAUCGCCCACACAAAGACCUACAUUUGAGGAACUGGUCAAAGAGUUUGAUGCUUUGUUGGUGACUUUAUCAGAUAACUGAGAGGCUCCUUUGAACUGAAGGGGAUUUGUGGUCAAAAACCUUGUUUUUUUCUUUUAAUUUCUGCCCUUUUCCUUCCUGCAAAUCUAUGUUGCUCAAUAACACGUCUAUGUCAGAAUUUUAAUUUUGGAUAAUAUAAAAGUGACAGCGGUGCUCGUCGUACCUAUUAGAGGUUUCAAUUUGUGGAUUGGUACCGCUUAGGGUGCUAAAACCUAAAAUGACUGAUUAGUAUAAAGCUUUAUGGCAAUACUUUCAAAACGUCCGUUAGAAGAAAGUGUUCGAAAGUUAUCAUGUUAUCUUUAUUACUAUUAAAAUUUGCAGUGUCAGUUAUAUAAUUUGUUGUUGUUGAAUAUUGGUGCCUCUAAGGGGUGGUAAUGAAUUUGGGACACGUCCAUGAAUCGUUCGGUCAGUUGGUUGUUCAGCCAUGAGUUCGUCUACGUCAAUUUUUAAUUUGUCUCGGUGCCUUUCAUACACUCCGGUCAUGGUCAGUCGGUUUCGGAUAAGUUAGCCCAUCAGUAAUAAGACAUGAAAAAAGAAAAAUAGACUGAACCAUCAACAAAGCUUAAAAAAUAAAGAGAUCAAGCGACAAAAGAAACUCAGGGCUCUGGUGGAGUCUCCUAAAAGAUGCUGGCAGUGUUUCGUUUAAAAAUAGUAAAAAAAAGCUCGUUUUUCCAAUUUAUGCCAAAAGGUUGCUUCUUGUACAAUUCAUGUACAAUACAAUACAAUACAAUAACUUUAUUUAAAGAGGGAAGCGCAAUAACCUAUUACAGUUUUCUAACCUACAGCCCUCAAAAAAUAAAUAAAUAGAUAAAUAAGUUUAGAAAACUAAAAACAAAUAAAUUUAUAAAUAUAUGUAUACGUGUAAUAAAGUGGCUAAAGCCGUUAAACAGUGCUCAAUACCCUUUUUAAGUGUAGAGCUUUGAAUAAGAAGAUAUAACGAAGAGACAAGAUUAAAUACUGUCUGAUGAGUGCGUGAGCACGAAACUCGAAGUAACAGAGAAUUUUGUCUCUUCGUUAUAUCUUCUUAAAUAUAUAUAUAUAUAUAUAUAUCUGUACACAAAAGAGACAAUAUUUAAAGUAGAAUAGGCCAUAAACACGUAAUGAAUAAUAUAUAAAUCAACGAAGGGGGAAAAAAUAUGUACUAUAAAUGAACAUGUAUACAUAUAUACAUAAAUAUAAAUUAAAAGACGUAAUAGUGGUUGUAGUAGGACUAUGAAAAACAGUGACAAUGAAUAGAAUAGCGGCAAGUCGAGCACAAUAGAUCCUCCAAGUGCUCAGCCGAUGAUAGGCGUGAGAAAAACAGACUUCGUAAUUGAGACUUAAGAGAGGAGGGAAGAAAUUUAAAUAUCGGUGGAGAAGAAGAAAUAGAAAACUCUUUUAAGUCGGAACUGAGGUUAUUAAAAACUUUAGUAGCAGUAUAGGCCAAGGUGCGUUUUCCAAAGUUGCUAUGUGGGCAUGGCACCUUUAAGUCGUAGAGAGAGGCUCUUGUAAAACGGCCCAGAGGUCCACGCGAAUCACAAAGAAAUUGAAAUCUGUUCCUGAGACAUUUAGGAGCAUUCGGAUUAAGGAGUACGAUGAAAAGAAGAAAAAGUUUCCUGUAUUUAAUAAGAUCAAAAACGGGAAUCCAGUUAAGUUUUAAAAAUAAAGAAAUAGAAGCCUGAGAGAGGUCGGCAUCAAGGAGUAUACGCCCAGCACGCCCAUCGAUUUGGACAUUGAGUGCCGAGCUGGUUAAAGUAGGGCGUUUCUGCAGGGUCGUAAUAAGUAAAGAUUUAGUUUUGGUUGUGUUAAGUGACAUUCGAUUAUUAUCAGCCCACGUAGGUACAGUUCUAGCAACUUCAUUCAACUGAGUGCAGAGGGAAGUAACAGAGAGCCCUCGCACAAGAAUAGUAGUAUCAUCCGCAAAUAUAGUUGAAUGUAGUCAUGUGUGUGACUAACCCUAAAAUCUCUAAGUACGGUCAAAAUCUGCAAUAUACAUGGACCUCUAAGAGGAAAGUACAUGUAGGAUAUCCCUAUCUCUCAGAGAUAAUGGAGUUCUCUUCCUACCCCGGUUGUCUUUGGUACAGGGUCUGGAAGAGAUGGAGCGGGGUCCUGAUCCCUCACUCGAGCUUCUGUCAUCUCACACCGAAUACAAGUUUUCUUGCGGACCGCAUCCCGUGCCAAGACUUCGGCGAGACUCGCCACCCAAGCAAUAG